UGAAAUUCACAAGGUAUGUGCAUUAAAAUUUUUUUUUUCUUUGCAGAUGAACUCAAGGCAGAACUGAAUUGGAGAAAGGCUCUCACCUAUGCAGAUGACAUCACUCUUAAUCCAGACACAGCUCACCCCAACCUCUCCAUUUCUGGGGAUAAGAAAUUUACUCAUGAACCCCAACCACAAAAAGUUCCACCAACUCCAGAGAGGUUCGAUUCGACUGUCUGUGUUUUGGGCUCGGAAGGAUUCUUCUCUGGAAAACACUACUGGGUGGUCGAUGUCAUCAGCAGUGCUGACUGGGACCUGGGAGUGGCCAGAAAAUCCAUACAGAGAAAAGGAAAACUUCCUCUGUCCCCUAAAGAGGGAUUCUGGGCUCUGGGUCUGAGUGGGAGAGAUUAUUGGGCAAAAACAGAUCCAUGGACCCGGAUCAUGGUGCAGAAAAAGCCCAAGAAAAUUGGAGUUUACCUUAGUUACCAAGACAGGCAGGUGACCUUUUUCAAUGUAACUGACAGGUCUGUGUUGUUCACAUUUAACGAUUGUUCAUUCUCAGGAGAGGUUUAUCCAUUCUUUAAAAAUUCCCACAAAGAAACAUCAAUGAUAAUUUGUUAUAUAAGACAAGAUGAAUGAGCUUAAAGUGGCACUGCCACUCAUUUAUCCCUAUGUAUCGUUGAAAUCAAGUUUCUCAGCAAUGAAUUUGAAUUACACUUUAUCUCUAUAUUAUUGUGAUGCCAUCUCUAGAACAGCACUGUUAAUCAUUUUAUGGCUAUGAACCUAUGACAUCAAGUUUCUCUCCAGUAAAAUGUGAACUGUAGUUUUUA